UGUGCUUGUUUGAAUAUGAGGAUUCUGCUCAGUGAACGUUCCAUAAAUUACUAAAUUAAGGAAAAAUUAAAUAUCCCAGCAUCUGAAAAGACUUCACGUGUGAUCAGAUCUCAAAAAGUCUCACGAACAAUACAAAGCAAACCACCUUUACAACUUGUCUAUCUCUUUAAUUAUAUAAAACAUCUCUACUCAAAAAUUCCUCAUAAAAAAUUGACCAAAAAUAAAUUACCAAUGAAGAGAUUACAUCCAUCAAGAUCGGUCUCAGUAGCUCUCCUUCUGAUUUUGCUAGCUUUCUUUAGCAGAAAGUUUCACACAGAGGGACACAUAGAUUUGCAGAUAAGCAUGGAGAAAUCUAUUGGAGGUAGCUUACGAAGAAUCCCAAGAAGUCGAUACAGUCCUAUACAGAACAAGAGAGAUCCAAGUAGGAAACAGAAGAUCACAUCAAGAGAACCAUAGAUCUCUCUCUCUCUCUCUCUCUCUCUCUCUCUCUCUCUCUCUCUCUCUCUCUCUCUCUCUCUCUCUCUCUCUCUCUCUCUCUCUCUCUCUCUCUCUCUCUCUCUAAGUUAGAUCUUCUGAGGGUUUUUGUUUGUUUGGGUUACAGAAUAGUAUGCAUACACUUGUUUGUGAAUGCUGCAGUGUAGAGUUUGAUAUAUUUACUGUUUUAACUAGUUUACUCUGCCACUGUUUUUGAGUCAGGACUCAUUGUUUAAUGUUUAGACCUCUAAGUAGUGUUUACUGGAAUUUGUAGAUUCUGAAACAUCUUCAAGUUUCUAUUUAUUUACUUGAAUUCAAUAUG